GUCGCGGUGCAUUGUGGGUGUAACGCAAACAUGGCGGCGCCCGUGUAGACAUGCUAAAGGCUAAGGCGAGCUGUAGUGUAGAGGGUUCUAGAGCUGUGUAAAAGAGUAAAGAUGUGGAAACAGAUGAAUAAACUACAGAAGAAUAGGACGGUGAGAUACGGAGUCCCCAUGCUGCUGCUUGUGGUUGGAGGAUCAUUUGGUCUGAGAGAGUUCACACAGAUUCGAUAUGAUGCUCAGAAAAUAAAGAAGAAGAUGGACCCUGCACUGGAGGCCCGAGUGAACUCGCACACACACACAGACAUCCUGCAGGAUGAAUACGAGAAGCUGAAGCAGGCAGAUUUGGACAGCUGGACAAACAUCCGUGGACCGCGACCCUGGGAGAACUCGCGGCAGAGCCAGGAGGAGCAGAGAACCCAGCUGACCAAGACCACUUAGUGUGUGUGUGUUCGUGUGUGUGUGUUCGUGUGUGUGUGUGUGUGUGUGUGUGUGUGUGUAGGUCAGUGUUUAUUUGCAACACUAAAGUGUGUUAUUAAUGUGUAUUACAGGAAGUGAGUUUAUGGACAUUUUAUUAGUCAUUGUAAUGAACUGGGUGGAGUUUAAUGAUGUCACUGAUUAAUGUCAAUUACAUUCUUUAUUUAAAUAAUAAAUGGUGCGUGUGCGUGCGUGUGCGUGUGAGCGCGUGUGCGUGCGUGCGUGUGCGUGCGAGCGCGUGCGAGCGCGUGUGAGUGUGGAGUAAAGAGGUUUUGUUUUUGUUCCAUUGGCUGUGAAAUAAACACUUUUCAGUCCA